AUGGAAUGCUCUGCAUCGCAAAACUCUUCUCGUCCCGACAUACGGGGAACAUUUCCCAACUCGUGGUAUCCUGCUAUCCGUGGCACCCGUUCCGUUGAAUCCAGAUUCUUGACAAGCGAUCCAUCCCUGUACAGAAGCAGACUUCAGAUUCUUCGUUCAAAUCUUGUGUGGUUCUUUGUGACUGCGGGCUAUUUUCCAUUUGGCGUCGUUGCUAUCCAUCUGGGUUCAUUCACAUGUCCCUUCAAGGCUACAGCUGUACGGUGCAACGGCAGGGUGUGUGUGGGCCGACGCGUCGAUAGGUUGGCAUCUCAUCUUCCAUCGUCCAAUUUCGACAUUUCGCACCAUGGCUGCAUCUUGGCUUUCGUUUCCACUAUCACAUCCCUCGUCAUCAGAGAAAAUGUGGGGGAAAAGGCUACGUUUUUGGAAGGCCAAAACCCAGACAGCAUUAGAAGCACCAGAAGUGGAAUUCGAAGAACUCUAAUGCCAACGCCAUCUCAAGCACCGGAUCAAGAAAUGAGUCAGUCAAAUAUCGAAAUCGAAGCUUCGGAUCAAGAAAUAAGUCAGUCCAAUAUUGGACUCGAAGAACCUACGCCAUCGCAAGUAGCAGAUCAAGAAAUGAGUCAAUUCAAUAUCAAAACCCAACCAGCACAAUAUCUUGAUCAGGAAAGACAAAAGAUCCGAGCUAAAAAUGUUCGAAAAAGGGUCAAACGCUUCCGUGUGCUCAUCAUUGGCCGAGCCAAUGCAGGCAAGACAACCAUCCUCCAGAGAGUUUGUAAUACAACAAAGCUUCCCAAAAUCUUCAAUCCCCAGGGCCAUAAGAUUGACUUGUCUGAGCUGAAUCCAACUGCAAAGCGGGGAGAGCACAACAUUGAGAAUGAAAUGAUAUUUGACAGCAACCCAGGAUAUGUCUUUCAUGAUUCUUGUGGCUUUGAAGCAGGUAGAACAUUGGAGCUGGAUGAUGUCAAGAGCUUCAUACAGCACCGGUCAACAGCAACACAUAUGGAGAAACAGUUACAUGCUAUAUGGUACUGCAUUCCAAUGAAUGAUCGAGCAAGGCCAAUUACAAGGGCAGAGCUUGAUUUCUUUGAUGAGUGUGGGACUGGCAUAGUUCCUGUCAUUAUCUUGUUUACAAAAGCAGAUUUGCUUGAUGCUCCAACAAUAGGAAAACUCGUUAAAACUGGGAUGAGCAUUGAAGAUGCUGCAAGCAAAGCUGGAGAAGAAUCAAUUAACAACUUCCACAAAGAUUUUGGCCACAUGCUAUAUGCAAAGAAAUAUCCUCCUAAGACACACAUAUAUCUUCGGGAUAUGCAAAAUACUAGAAGUGACUGUAGUGUGCUUGUAAAGAAGACUGCAGCUGUUCUCUCAGAUGAUGCCAUCUUAAAGCUGUUUCUUUCAGUUCAACAGAAUCAAUUGUCUCUGUCAAUGGAAUAUGCAGUGAAAAGUGAUAUUAGAGUUAUGUUUGACUCUCAAGGGCAUUGGUUAAAAACAAGGGAGAAGCAGAUGAUUACAAUCAAGAAUAUAUUGGAAUACUUUCAACAUAUUGAUUAUCUUAAAAGAGAUUUUGAUGCUGAUUUUGAUUCUGAUUUUGAUGCUGAUGCUUAUGAUUUUGAUGCUGCUAAAGCUAAAGAUAAUCAAGCUAGAGAAGCUAAUGAGGCUUUUUUUUUUAAUAAUGCUGAUCGUAUUCCUGAAUACAAUGCUCUACAUUGUGUAGACUGGCGUUCUAGACGUGCCUCUUUGUGUAUUGCCACAGCCAUCAUUGCAGAGCAUUCUUAUUUCAUUUGGAAAAAACAACCAUCCAAGUCUGCUGAACCCAUCAAAAAAUCUUUCCACAUGUUCCAGUCAUCUGCUGCCAUUAAUAACAUUCACGAUGCCAUCAAGGAGCUGGAUGAAGGACAUAGAGACAUUGCAGCUGCACUUGUGAAAAUUGCUCUAGAUAACCGUCUUUCCUUGUAA